CCACCAUUGUACGGGGGCCUGGAACUCGGGCUGGGUGACCCCCUGGGUCUCACUGUGGCCAGGGCUGGGGUCCACCUGCUCCCAUGUGCCUGGGGCUCUCCAGGCCAAGGUCGGCCAUUCCAGAGCACCCCACUGCACCCGGCAGGCACCCGGCCAUCACCCUGAGCUGCUGUUGCCCCACGUCCUAAUGUGCAGAGACUUGGGGGAGGGUCCUUGGGGACUGUCAGGACAGCUCCCGCUCCCCAUGCCCCCGACCCCAGGCAGGAGAGCCCAGUGAGCGAGAGGCCGGCCCCGGGGGCGUCCCCAGGGGUUCUCCCCUUGCUCACAUCAGAAGUGUGUGUUAUCUGGGGAUCUGCCAGCCUGUUCCGCGCUGUGAGUGCUGGGCUGGGGGCGGCCAGCCGGGCCCGGGAGCCCCCGCCCUCCCGCGGGGAGGCCGGCCUCAGGGUGUCUGUGGCCUCCUGUCCGCUUCUCCGGCCGGAAGAAGGUGUGGCUCGCAUCUUGUGCGCUCAGCCCCCCGCCCCCGCCGUUCGGCCACGCCGCUCGGGGGAGGGGGAGGGCACAGGGCACCCACGGCCUCCGAGCCAGCCCCGCUGUGAUGGCCUCCUCGGCGGCCAGACCGUCCAGAGGCCACUGCCCACUGCUGUAAUGGAAACUUCUCAGCGGGCUCGUGAGCUGCGACAGCUCGGGUUCCCGCUCGGCUCCGGGCUCCGAUCAGCCGCGGGUGGGGGGCCAGGCAGGUGGGCGAGUCACCCGGAGGUGCGGCGCCUGCAGGAGCCCAGGACCAUGCUCCGAUAAAUGAGGACUGCAGGGCAGACCUUGAGCCCCGACUCCCGGCCAGAGACGCGACAUCAGACCAGAAAGAAUGAAGAGGCCGCUCCAAGCUCGCCGCAGCCAGGGGCAGGGAGGACAUCGCCAGCAGGGAGUCCACUACGGCCACCAAGGCGCUCGGCCGGCCCAGGUCCCGCGGCGGCUCCCUGCUCCUGCGGCUGUCCGUGUGUCUCCUGCUGGUGCUCGUGCUGGGUCUGUACUGCGGCCGGGCCGAGCGGGUGACACUGGCCCUCGAGGACCUCCGGGCCCGGCUCCUCGUGCUUGCCCUGCGCCUGAGGCACACGGCCGUCACCUGGUGGCACCGCCUGCUGCAGCUGUGACCGCGGCCAGAUGCUCGCCCCCACCCCCCACGGCCCCCCGUCGUGCAGGGCGGGAGCCCCCGCUGGGGUCUGGCGGCUCCCGGUGGGGGAGGGGGGCCCGGAGCCCUGGCUCUGGAGCAGCAGGCAGCCCACCCAUCCAGUCAGGGCCCCGCUUGUAUGUGUUGGGGUCCACCGUGAGGUUCUACCAGAAAACCGAUUCCUCUGCCUGCUUCGGGCCCCAGAGAGCCCUCACCCCAGUGGGAACUCUCCGUAUCCUUGGGCCAGGCCCGGAGGCGGACGCGUGGGGCCCCUUGAAGAUAGGGACACCGGCCCUGUGCCCGCGAGACCCCUCGGAGGUAAAACUGGACCUUGCUGCUUGGGGCUUGUGGGGCCUGGACCUCAAAACCCCGCGGAGGCACACGGGUCUGGCUGUUGGUGUGGGGCCCGCCCCACCGCGGCCGCGUGCGUGCAGGGCGGGGCCUGGCCUCUCCCCUUGGUGCUGGUGGUGGGGCCCCAGCCUCUGGGCCCAGGUCUGACCCCGAGGCCCCAGGGGCCUUCUCGUGCCCCGGGGGAAACAUGUGCCGCCCGCGACCUCCGCCGUCCACCCGGAGCGGCCGAGAGGCAGCCCGCUCUGCCCGGACCCCCACCGCCUCCGGAGCACGGCGCGUGCGCUCGGACCCCGGGUGGUGCCACACGCCAGCCACAGUGCCUCUGAGUCCCGUGACCCUGUGCAGACACCGUGCCAUCGCUGGUGCUGCGAGGCCGUGGGGACCCGUGUGGUCCGGACCCCCGCCUGGAGGGGGGCCUGGGAAAAGCGGGGAGGCCCGUGGUCAGACACCAGGAGGGACUGCCAGGAAGACGCCAUCUCCCGCAGCAACCCGCAGACAAGUGUCCACGGGACGGCCAGUGCCCUGCCGCUCCUUCCCGGGGUGACGCUCGAAGUGCCUGUCCCCGUUACCAAAGUGGGGACACACUGGUUUUCUAUUAAAACGCACUGCCACCU